GACUUGAGGUACAAGGCUCCCUAGAUACUUUGCUAUAAGCUGCCUAUACUUAUAUCCUCUCCAUAAUACCUGAUACAUGAAACUCUAAUCCAUUCUUCUGCUCAGCACUUAUCUAACAAAAAGCUUCCGUUAAGUUCUCCCUGAUCCUGAUUUCAUCAAUUAAGCAAAGAAAGAUGUCUGGAAACUCCAUGGGAUCAUGCCCACUCGGCGGUAGUUGGUGGAUAUGUUUAGAUCAGUCGCCCACAUUCUUUGGGUGCUGUGCGAGUGAUCCAUGUAAUGGAAUUGGUUGCCCUGAAGAAGACCUCUUACCUGCAGGAAUGGGGACAGCAGGUGGUCCGGAUGCUUCUAGCAACGAUGGAUCAUAUUGGCCAAAUGCGGAUUGCCCCAAUGGAGGAGUCUGGUAUACUUGCUCCCGACAGACUCCGUCAUUUCAAGGUUGUUGUGAUGACCACAAUGACCCUGGUUCGAGCGAGAAGUUCAAUCCGUGUCUCGAAAAUGGUUGUCCGUUACCAAGGCUCUACGCUGCAGCAUUUAGUAGCGUCCCAGCUACAUUUGCCUCUAUUAUUGCCUCAAAGACUUCAUCUGACCCCACUUCAUCGUUGUCUAUUUCAUCAUUUUCGGCUUCAUCGCCCUCAACUUUAUCAUCUCCGGCAUUAUCUUCGAUUUCUGCAUCCCUUUCAAUCUAUACAUCUUCGACUUCCUCAUCUCCUGUAACGAACUUUGCUACUGACACAAGUUCGACUGAAACUCCGUCAUCUCAAGAUUCGGCCACAGUGACAGCGACAGGAGGCUCAAGUCGGCACAAUUCAAACUCAAAACUGCCGAUUACUGCAAUCAUAGGGAGCGCUUUAGGUGGAGUGGUUGUUAUCGUACUUGUUCUUCUAAUUAUCUUUUGCGUCCAACGAUAUAGAAAGAGAACUCCAUUGGCGGGUGCAGUCGAGCCAUAUUAUCAACCGCCACCUCAAGACAUAUCCAUGGUUAAAGCAAUUUCAUCACCUACUGUUUAUGAAGGUAGCGCUUCAGAUGCUAAAGCUCUGCGAAAAGAUUAUCGUCCAGUAUCAGAGAUACCAUCAUCUCCACCUCUUAGCCCUGCUCCACCAUAUCAAUCCGCGCCGCAAUCUCCGGAAUUCUCUAAUCACCAUGAGAUUGACUCUUCUAUCUUGCACGAAGUUGAAUCCCCAUAUAUUCAACAAAAAUCAUUUGUUUCUCGACCAGGGACGGUAGAACUACCAGAUACGUCGGAGGAUCCCUUUAGAGCAUCAUUACCGGAAGUCUUGAAGUCGGGAUCUACGAGAAACUAAGAUAUACAGGAUCGCGUUGGAGCGAUAUUGAGGAUCUAACAUCCAUUUAUUCUCAAUCAUUUUUACAAAAGGUUUACA